CCUUCUUCAGGCUAUCUGGGAGCACUGACCAACAAUGUCACCGCCGAGACUACCCGUCCUCGUCCUCGUACUCCUGUCCACCUUCUGGGCCGCUUCCACUGCCGUGCGCAGCGUGACGCUGCACCUUGCACGCUCCCACUCCAUCUCGCCCGACGCCGGGGCACCGAUCACCGCAUGGGCGGCCUCCCUGGUUGCCCAGUCCGCGGCGGACGCAGCACGCGUGGCCACGCUCGCGGCGGGCUUCGGCAAGACCAAGAAAGGCGGCCGCCGGUCGUUCGUGCCGAUCGCGCCGGGAAGGCAGAUCCUAAGCAUCCCCAACUACGUCGCCCGCGCGCGCCUCGGCACACCGGCGCAGACGCUGCUCGUGGCCAUCGACCCCAGCAACGACGCCGCGUGGGUGCCGUGCGGCGGCUGCACGGGCUGCGCCGCCUCGGCGCCGUCGUUCGCCCCGACGCAGUCGUCCACGUUCCGCCCCGUGCGCUGCGGCUCGCCGGAGUGCGCGCAGGUGCCGAGCCCGUCGUGCCCCGGAGGUGCGGGCGCGUCGUGCGCGUUUAACCUCACGUACGCGGCGUCCACGUUCCAGGCACUACUGGGGCAGGACUCGCUCGCACUCGAGAACGGCGCCCCCGCAUCGUACACGUUCGGGUGUCUCCACGUCGUCACUGGAAGCUCCGUGCCGCCGCAGGGGCUCGUCGGCUUCGGGCGUGGGCCGCUGUCGUUCCUGUCACAGACCAAGGACGUGUACGGUUCCGUCUUCUCCUACUGCCUCCCGAGCUACAAGUCGUCCAACUUCUCGGGCACGCUCAGGCUCGGCCCCAUCGGGCAGCCGAAGAGGAUCAAGACGACGCCGUUGCUAUCCAACCCCCAUCGCCCUUCCCUCUACUACGUGAACAUGAUCGGGAUCCGCGUGGGCAGCAAGCCCGUGCCGGUCCCGGCGUCCGCUCUGGCGUUCGACCCGGCCAGCGGCAGGGGCACCAUCAUCGACGCCGGGACGAUGUUCACGCGGCUGUCGGCGCCGGUGUACGCCGCCGUGCGAGACGCGUUCCGGCGCAGGGUGCGGGCGCCGGUGGCGGGGCCGCUCGGCGGGUUCGACACGUGCUACAACGUGACGGUCGCGGUGCCGAGCAUCAGCUUCACGUUCGCGGGGCCGGUGACGGUGACGCUGCCCGAGGAGAACGUGGUGAUCCGCAGCUCGUCGGGCGGCGUCGCGUGCCUGGCGAUGGCGGCGGGCCCGGCGGACGGCGUGAACGCGGCGCUCAACGUGCUGGCCAGCAUGCAGCAGCAGAACCACCGCGUGCUGUUCGACGUCGCCAACGGCCGCGUCGGCUUCUCCCGCGAGCUGUGCACGGUCUGA